UCAUCCGGACUAUUUCGAUGUACAUGUGGUUAAAUAAAUCAACCAAAAUGCGACACAAAAUUUUGUUCUGUUUUUUAACUACAUUUUGCAUAAAUAAAGGGGAUUCUUGGGGCUUAGGGGGUCGAAAAGUCUGGCUUCCGGACCUCGAAUUCACAACGAGGAAUAAUUGGAUUAAUAAUAAAGUGCCCACGAGAAAUAGUAGAAUUCAAUUUCCCGUGGAGAUGCAACAUUCUGUCGGACUACCCGUGACCGGUGAUUUUAUUUUUUCUGGGAUCGAAUUGCCACAUGAUGGAUCACUCCUUCUUCCCCUCAAUGGUGGACUUCAGUUAACUGAAGCAAAAGGAAGAGGUAAUAACCCUGAAAUAUUCGCGUGGAAAUGGAAGGGACCGUUUUCGUGGGUGGAUCCGGACAAUUGGAGUGGAUCAAAUAAAGCCGUUCCCCAUUUGGAGAGAAUUCCUUGUGGGACAGAUAUGGUCAUUUUGCCGAAUUACAAUCGCUCGUUGAGCAUAAAAUUGCCGACAGUCACAGUGAAUAUUAAAGAAAUUAAAAUCGGGAAUGAAACACCACUAGAAGCAUGGGACUGGCAGUCAAUCAUGAUGGGGAGAGAAUUCUCGAACAAUCACCAGAGUGUCCUAUAUAGUGGAUUGCCUUAUUGUGACACUGACAAGUGUUUAUGUCGUCACAAUACGGAUGUCAAAGAAUUAAUCAACGAAAUCUGCGAGAUCGAGAGUUCAAGAUGCUCUGGGGAGGAGAUUCCCUGCUCCUAUCCACUCGUUGUGGAGGGACAUUGUUGUUCUUACUGCGGGGGUCGAGUCAGUCUGAACGUUGACCACACGACCUUUUCUCUCUCGAAAUUACAUGAAAUUACUACUGAAGCAUUAAAAAAUUAUCACGAUAUAUUGCAACACAUCAGAGUGACGCUGGAUGGAAAUGUCGAAGUCCUCGUCACCGAGAGUGUUUACAGGGGAAUAAAAAGUGCUGAAGCCGUUGAUACACUUCAGAGGGCCUUUGCAGAAAGAGGAAUAAAUGUCGUGUCAUACGCAGUAACAGGGGCACCCCUGAAGGGCUCUGUAAUAGCCACAGCUCUGGGUCCGUUGUUUGGAGUUCCACUCGUAUUAAUUGUCCUCAUCCUCAUAGCAAUUCCAGCCUUCGGAUAUUCGUACCGAGAAGUGUAUUUCGUAUUUCGAACGUCAAUUCGAGAGGGAAAUCUGCCACCUGAUCCCAGUAAAGAGGGGGAUUUUGGUUUUGCAAGAUUUGAGAAUGUAGCAGAGGGUGAUGUGCAACUGGCGAGUGCCCUGAUCCCAGAAGACGAGACGGAUAGUGACGAUGACGACUAUAAGGAUGGGAAGAGAUUCGACAAUCCCCUGUACAGAUCAAAGAGGAAAGAACCAGUUGAGAAUAUCAUCGACAUCGAUGGACCCGUCAGUCUCGCUGCCCUGGAGGAUAAAGUCAAUCUCCACGAGGAAACGAAUAUCGAUUCUGACUGAUGCACUUGCUCUAAUAGAUAACUUUUCAAAGAAUCCCUCUGAAUCCAUGAGAAAUAGCGAAAUAUUUGUAAGAGCUUCUUUAUAGUUCACAUUCCACUCUACAAAAGAGUUCCCGAUAAAAAUUUCGCCAUCUCUUUUAUACUCGGAGAUAUCAAUCGAAAAUACGAGUAUCGAUCUGUCAUCUUUUACCUCUACUACUCUACCAAUUAAAACUAACCCACGGAUUAAUGAA